AUGGCCGAUCCUCAGCCCGUGAAGGUGCCGCCAGUGUUUAAGCCGCUGCUGCCGUUCAUCCGGCGCGCUGAAGAGCUGGACCGAGACACGUCGCGUCCAGAGUCCAAGUUGAUCGCGUACUACUGCCGGCAGUACGCCAUGGAGCUCGGCAUUAAGCUGCGCGAGCACGACGCGUCGAACGAAGCGACGGACUAUCUGUUGUCGCUGAUGGACCGCCUCGAGGGCGAGAAGGACAAGUUGCCGGAGUUCACACAGGAAGAAGGACAGGUCAUCUGCGAGGACUUUGCACUGGAAAUCUUCGCCAAAGCAGACGAUGAAGACCGCGCAGGCAUUGCAAACAAGAGCACUGCUCGCACAUUUUAUGCCGCCGGCACGUUUUUCGACAUUCUGAACCAGUUUGGCGACGCGUCGGACGAUGUGGUGGAAAAACGACGCUAUUGCAAGUACAAGGCAGCUAUGAUCUUGAAAGCGAUCAAGGAAGGAAAGACACCGGCACCUGGCCCCCCGAGCGAAACGGAUAUGAAAAAUGCCGACGAAGGAAAUGAGAGUAUGAUGUCAGCUGCAACAGCCUUGUCGUCAGUGUCGCAACCACCGGUUUCGUCAACCAUGCCGACCUCUAGUCCGCCGCGAACGCAAACAUCGGAGUCCACGCGACCUAACUCUCCGCCACCGCAGUCGUCCGCGUCCACGACACCCGAUUCUCCGCCACCGCAGCCUUUGAGGUCCUUUCCGGUGCGAACCGACUCGAUGAGAUCUGCUGGUGCGAUGAGUGCUAGCGAACUCGAUGGACUUUGGCACGGGCCUUCUUCUGAUCAACAGCCGAUUCCGUCUUCGGCCCCAUACCACUCGGCGCCAGCUCCGACACUUCCAGCGCUGACGUCAGCGCACCAGAUUCCGCCAGCCCCGACGUCUGAGUACCGACCCCCUGCUGCUUCUGCGACGUCAGCACACCAGGCUCCGUCUACCCCGAAUUCUGCGUAUCGACCGCCUGGUGCUCCAGCGACGUCAGCGUACCAAUCACUGUCAACUCCAAGCUCCACAUACAAACCUUCGUCUACUCCAGCACCGUCAUAUGAACCUCGUUUCACGUCUCCACCGCAGCGCCCAGCUGCCGGUGCCCGAAGCACGGCAGUAUCGCAAAACGAGAUCAACGACGCGGUGGAGUGCGCCAAGUUUGCUAUCGCCGCUCUUAAGGUACAAGACAUGAAGCUGGCAGAAGAACGCUUGGAGAUGGCGCUGCGCAGUAUUAGAGGAUCGUGA